AUGCCCGAUAAACAACAGCCGAGACGCCGAGGGCGGCCUAGAAAGGUCCAGACAGAAGAAGAACGACUAGCGGCGCAACGCAUACACUCGAGAACAUAUCACCACCGCCGAUUACAACAAAAAGAUAUGGCCUCGAACCUUCAUAUGGAGUUUUACCAGCACGUCCCUUACACUCCGGCCACCUCGUCGGCGGAACUUGAAACGCCGGGUUCUCGUAUAGCCCUGGACAGCUUCGCUAUACCAGCAUCGAGCAGUCCCAAAGAUUCAGAUGAUCCUGACCCUCCUUUGGUCGGUGACUCCAUGUGGAAUCAGGAUCAUGAUGUCUUUCGAAAUAAUGACCAGAAUUGUCCGUCUGAUGUGGACAGCACGACUAGUCGUGUAUCCGCUGCUUCGGAAGAAAAUGAUGAGAUCUAUGAUACAUCAUCACUCCCAAACUGUUCAGCUGGGGAGGGAAUGCAUCAACCUGACGAGAGAUUGCAGGAACUCCUAGAAGCAGUCGAGAAAAGCCUUCGUAUCUCGACGUUACCAGCCCAAGGUAUCUUUGCCGAGUCCCUUUGCGUCGCGUCUUAG